UCCGGUGAUGGCUGGAGGCUUAUUCGCGAUGGAUCGCUCGUACUUCUUCGAGCUCGGCGACUACGACGACCAGUUCAAGGACUGGGGGGGAGAGAACCUUGAGAUGUCUUUCAGGAUUUGGAUGUGUGGCGGUUCAAUCCACAUGCUGCCGUGCUCGCGCGUGGGCCACGUGUACCGUAACCUGCGCCUGGAGCGGCGCGUGCCGUGGUUGAACCAGCACCUACUCAACACCGCUCGGCUGGCCGAGGUCUGGAUGGACCACCACAGGGAGAUGUUUUACUUGUAUCAUCCGGAGUAUCGGAACAACCCAAUAAUCGGUGACAUCUCGUCACGCAAGCGUCUCCGGGAGAGACUCCAGUGCAAGAGCUUCCAGUGGUACAUGGACCAUGUGUACGAGGACCGGUUCAUGCCCAUGAAGGAUGUCAUCGCUUGGGGCAGGCUCCGCAACAAUGCGAGCGGCACCUGUGUAGAAGUGAGCGAGUUCAAUGCGCGCAUCCCCUCCACCUCCCUGCAAGCCUGCGCCACGCCGCUGCGGGGGCUGCAGGCCUGGUCGCUCACCGCCGCCGGCACCUUGAGGAACGAGAGGAGGUGUCUCACAACGGUGCAGGAGGUAUCUAAGACACUGCUUCACAUAGUAAAGGCGGUUGCAUGCUCCUACGAAGAUGAGCCAGAUGUUAACCAGUUCUGGCGCUACGAGCGCGGGCGGCUCAUCCACGAGUACCUGCACAUGUGUCUCCUGGCGGUGCAGUACGAGGACCACCAGCUGGCCGUGGCGCCGUGCGAUGACGCCCCGGACAUGAGCUGGAGCUUCGACUUCACGGGGAACCGCACGCUUGAGAAUUACGAUUUCUUUUCAGGCGAUUUGUUCGAGACACAGGACCAGCUGAGGAGCUUACAGAGUAUAAGAUGAUGAUCGGUGUACUUAUAUGAAAUGUGUUGUAGUACCUAACUUUCACGUCUUGCUAGUCCUAUACAUUAUUUAAUUCUUUAUAGGUAAUUAUAAUGAAGAUAUCUGUAAAUUUUUAUAAGUACCCACUUACUCAGAUAUAUUUUUUAAAAUGUUAUUUAUGUAGU